GGUAAGCGGUGCCGGUCGCGCGUGCGCAGUGCGGGGCUGCGCGAGGGAAGAUGGUGCUGAUCAAGGAGUUCCGGGUGGCUUUACCAUGCUCAGUGCAAGAGUAUCAAGUUGGGCAACUUUACUCUGUGGCUGAAGCUAGUAAAAAUGAAACAGGUGGCGGCGAAGGAAUUCAAGUCUUAAAGAAUGAGCCUUAUGAAAAGGAUGGUGAAAAAGGACAGUAUACUCACAAAAUCUAUCACUUAAAGAGUAAAGUCCCUGGCUUUGUAAGGAUGAUUGCUCCAGAAGGCUCCUUGGUGUUUCACGAGAAGGCCUGGAAUGCGUACCCGUAUUGUAGAACAAUUGUGACGAAUGAAUAUAUGAAAGACGACUUCUUCAUAAAAAUCGAGACCUGGCAUAAACCGGACUUGGGAACACUAGAAAAUGUGCACAAUUUGGAUCCAAACACGUGGAAGAGUGUUGAAGUUGUUCAUAUCGACAUUGCAGACAGAAGUCAAGUAGAACCAGGAGAUUACAAAGCUGAUGAGGACCCAGCAUUAUUCCAGUCAGUCAAGACCAAGAGAGGACCUCUGGGGCCCAACUGGAAGAAGGAGCUUGCAGCUGAUGAAGACUGUCCUAAAAUGUGUGCUUACAAGUUGGUGACUAUCAAAUUUAAAUGGUGGGGACUACAGAACAAAGUGGAAAACUUUAUCCAAAAGCAAGAAAAAAGGAUAUUUACCAACUUUCACCGCCAGCUGUUCUGUUGGAUUGACAAGUGGAUUGACCUGACCAUGGAAGACAUCAGGAGAAUGGAGGAUGAAACCCAAAGAGAGCUGGAAGCGAUGCGUAAGAAGGGUUCCGUCCGAGGCACACUGGCGGCUGACGUCUAGAGGAGUUCUCUGUAGGUUCAGAGGCAAAAACAAGCCGUUUACGUAACCAAGGCCAAGUGAGAGGAACAAGUGCUGCCAAUGAUGAAUGAUGAUGGAUGUGACCUGCACGCAGUGUUGAUGAUAUACAGAUGUGUGUGUGGAUGCAUGAUUAUUUGUAUAUAAUUAUAUAUACACACAUGCAUACUGAGGGGUUGUUACAGUGUCUCCAGGGUACUAUACCUAUCUUCAGCAAAGAUGCAAAGGAAACUGCUUUCAUUAUGUAUACCUGAAGCAAAUAAAAAUUGACUGAAUAGUGUCAUUUAAAGGAUGAAUUGACUGCAGAAUUAUGCUAACUGGUAUGUUUCAUGAAUGUCAAUACUGGACCAAUUUAUUCCCUACUUGGUUAUUUUCCCCUCCUAGAGUCACUCUGCUACAGUCUGCCAACGUCUCAUUGUAAACCAACAGAUUCGGUUAGGUUCAUUUCAGAUUUGUGUCCCCCCCUCCCCGCCUUCCCCGUGUGAUUUUUGGAAUAGGAAUGAUGAAUGUAUUUAUAGCUAUUUAUUUCUGGAUUGCCAUAAUCUUCCUGUCAAAUCGGAAUUUUUUCUAUUAAGAGAAUUGGAAGAUUUUUGCUAUUGAACGAAGAGUCCAGAAUUUCGGCCCGGCUCUUACCCACCUUGCUAAAAAAUCACCCUUGUAUUGGAGUUUUGUAUGCUGAAGUUCAGAUGGGGUUUUGUCUUCAUUAAAAUUGGCAAAUGUACGGGAGAAAAUAGCUUGUGAUUUUUAUAACCACACUUUGAAGUAAUUUCUUUUUUCUGGGAGCCGUUCAGACUAAGUGCCGAUCCUGGUACUGAGUCUGUGCAACAUUUCUUGGGCCGUGUCGUGAAAUUGCAGGGAUAGCACUUCCCUAGAGUAACACUUCCUGUUCCUGAAAUCGCUAUUUUCCAAAGUUUCAGUUUGGAAACUAUGCAAAUGAUCUUGAUUUCUCACAAAUUACACAACGGAAUAUAAUUGUGACUUAGCUCUUUUCAUGUUGAAAAUACACUUUAAAAGAUGUUCACUUUCAGAUAUGAUGAAAGUUUAAAUUGUAGCAUCUGACAUGUGUUUCUCUGAUAUUUGUUAGAAGUAGACACAUAAAAGGAAAGAUGGUAUAACAAAGACCUUUUGUAGAUAGCUCUCAAAUAGGGAAGUUGUCUUCAGGCGUUUUUAAGAAAACAUUCAAAUGGAGCAUAUCAUAGAUAUAUAUUAUCAAAUGCUUGUUAGAUCAGGAACAAAUUAUUUUAGGAACACUAGUUGGGUAAGAUUUUAUUAAUGUUCUGGCUUCCUCCUACCAGCCCUAGAAGCCUCUGUAGGGCAAGGCUUGCUUAAGCAUCUCUUUCGCUUUUGAUCCCACACACAUGCAGGCGCUCCGAAUCAUUGCAGAUUUGAUUUUUGCUGACGGGGGAGUGAUCUUGCUCCCAUUAGUCCAUGGCAAGACGGUUGGCUUCAGGGGAGCAGGAUCAGGCCUGUUGUACACCUGUCUGCACUGUCAGGUGCUAACGCGGCUGACUGCGAAGACACGGACCUGGCUGUUUUGUAUAUCUCUCCGACAUGAUACCGCCCCGCUGCCCCCCUGCUGCCAGGUCACUCGUUGGCUCGUCCAUGCCGGGCCUCUGGGGAACGCAGAGGUCUGUUCUCGAUGCCGUCAGAUGAUUGGUUUUGUAAAUACAGAAACAUGGUUUGCCAGGUAUUUGCUACAAAGAGGGCUGCUGAAAUCAAGGGCUCAAUUCUCCUUUCAAUGCAGGAAAGUAAGUCCCGCAGUCACCGAUGGGAGCCAGAAUACCAACGAGGAGGGAAAGGGACCCCUACGACUUUCAUGUUUUUGGAUUAGUUGUGAAAAAAUCGAGGGAACUUUGUAGUGAAUGUAAAAUGUUUAGUUUACUUUGGCAGUCUCUGGUGUGAACUACAGUAAAACAGUCAAUGAAAUUUAAUUAAUAAAUUUGAUCAUAAAACA